AUGCCCGAAAUAAUAAACCUCCUAUCCUCCGAUCCCCCUACUCCACCAAAGCCACAAGCCCCCAAGCCGCAGCAGCCAGCUGAACUCCCGUCGCGACGUCCAUCCCACCAGCUCAAUCCAAUUUCGUCAGACCUGUUCGAUACAUCCUUGUUCGACUUUGAAGAUGUCUUCGACAAGCCGGCCAAGAAACGGCGAGUGAGCGACGAGGACACUUCUUCCCUGCGACAGAGUACCACGCCGAACGAACCACGAGCUCCAGCUUCUGCGGCGGAGCCGUGGUUCUCGAUCUCAGAUGAUGAUUUCGAUCUACCAUCAGUAAAGGCCGCGGGGCAAAACAAACCAGCCCAGCCGCGUGCCGAAGAGUCGGACCCAAUUGUAUUUACCUCUUCGGCUCCAGCUCCUUUGCCAAAGCCCCCACCGCGGAAAUCGCAGCUUUCAACCCGUGAUAUUAUUGCGCUUGAUGAUGAUGACAUAUUGACGGACCCCAUGCCUCCGCCCUCGAGUCUCAGAGGGCGUAGCGACAUUGAAGAAUUCAGCGAUCCGUUUACUUUGCCGGAAUUUUCUGACCUACUGAAAAAGCCAACUGCCUCGACUCCUAUUUUCUCUGAGUCGACUGCUCGUCUGUUAUCUCGCCUUGGCGAGGAACGACCUGCAGGCCCCAAAGCAAAGUCUGGUACUCGAAAGCAGAAAGGCACCAGCUCGAAAUCUACGGCUGCAGAAGUUCUCUCCGACGACGACAUUGAUGAACCAGUAGCACCCCGCAAGACAGCAAAGAAGACAAGCAAGCUUACAACCGCCGAAAAAGAAGCAAAGGCCAAAGCGCGCGAAGAGACAAAACUACAGCGAGAACGAGAACGUCAGCUCGAGAAAGAUCGCAAGCUGAAGCUCAAAGAAGAGAAAGCAAAAGAGAAACAGCGGGCUGCCGAUAUCGCAAGCGUCAACAAGCUGAAAGUGAAUAAAAAGGAUUCCACCCCAGAAAUGAUCAUCGACAUGGCCAUAUCCCUCGAAGACAGCAGCGUCGGAACCCAAACAAUCGAGUUCAUGAAACGACUUGGCGUCCAACAUACAUUCUUCCCAAGCGCAAUUCCCAACGUAGUCAAAUGGCGUCGCAAAAUGAACGCUACGUAUAACAGAACCCUACGCCACUGGGAACCCUGUCCAUCCUUCAUCCAAAAGGAAGACCACGUACUAUGUCUGUUACCCGCGCAACAGUUCAUCAACAUGUUAACCGCACCACCAGACGACUCUGACUCAGAGAGAGAAACCCUAGAGAUCCACGUCCUCCGAAUCAAAAGCGCCUACCCAGACUGCAAACCAAUAUACCUAAUCGAAGGCCUCACUGCUUUAAUGCGCAAAAAUACAAAUGCACGUAACAGAGCAUUCCAAGCUGAAGUCCUGCGCCAACUUGCCGAAACAACAGCACCAGCACCAGAGGAACAAAGUACGGUCCGUAGAGCACGGAAACCGAAGAAGACACCCGACACGACACCCCUCGUCGACGACGAGACUGUCGAAGACGCUCUGCUUGAACUGCAGGUCACCCACUCUUGUCUCAUCCACCAUACGACGACGCCAGCGGAUUCCGCUGAGUGGCUUAAAAAUUUCACCGAGCACAUCUCAACUGUCCCGUACCGUCGCGAACGACAGGAAACACACAACGCCGCUUUUUGUAUGGAUACGGGGCAGGUAAAGACCGGCGUCGAUAAAAAGGAUACUUUCAUCAAGAUGAUCCAGGAGGUCAAUCGUGUGACGGCUCCGAUGGCUUAUGGGAUUGCGGGACAGUAUCCCUGUGUUGUGGAUUUGACACGUGCGAUGCGGAUGCAUGGUGCUAUGAUGCUGGAGGAUAUCAAGAAAUCCGCGAACAAAAACGGCUCCUUGACGAAUGCGCGUAUCGGCCCUGCUGCUAGUAAGCGGCUGUACAAAGUGUUCACUGGACUUGAUCCGAGUUCAACGGACAUUUAG